UUGACCCAUCAUCACAGCAAUAAGAAACUCGGCCAGCGAGGGAGCAUCCGGCUAAAGACAGCUAACCAGCAGAGAGACAACCACCCAAGCAACAGCAUGAAGAUAUUUGUGACGGUUCUGAUGGGGGCCAUGUGCCUUGGCCUCAGCCACGCUGACAUAAGUUUGACCCAGGCGGGUUACAACUAUCGCAUCCAGCAGCAACAGCAGCCCCCUGUAGUGGCCCAUCUGCUCAACCAACAGCUCCAGCAGCAGCUCCAGCCCCAGCAAUCCUCCCACCCAGUGUUACCUCCCCUACCACUGCCCUAUCUGCCACCUGGCGGUGGCCAGUUUCAUUCCCAACCUGCAGUUCGUCCCACCACCGGAUCUUUUCCCAUGCCCACCGGCUUUCCAAUCAACUUCCAGACCGCUCCCAUCCAGCAGCAGCGACGUGCUCGUCCGCGUGUGAGGAUUCCCAAGCGUCCUAUUGUGACCAAGAACUUCUUCAUCCACUCUGCACCUGAGGAAUCCGAGGAUGAGGUCCAGGACGAACUGAACCAGUUGGCCCAACAGCCACGCAACCACUACAAUGUCCUGUUUGUCAAGACUCCGUCUCAGACUAACCGCGCCGCCGCUCUAAACUUGGCCAAGACUCUCAAGCAGGAGAAGACUGUGGUCUAUGUGCUGGCCAAGAAGACUACUGCCGCCGAUCUCCAGGAUGCUAUUGCCGAAACCCCUCAGCACAUCAACAAGCCAGAGGUGUUCUUCAUCAAGUACCGAACUCCCGAAGAGGCACUCAAUGCCCAGCGCCAGAUUCAGUCGCAAUACGAUACCUUGGGAGGCAGUUCCACCAUUACCGACGAGGGUGUGGCCCCCAUUACCUCUGUGGUUGGUUCUUUGGAUCCCCCAGAGGAAGAGGAGGAGCAGCAGCAGCAGCAGCAGCAGUCCGAAGGACACUUUGUGGAGAACGGCGCUGGAAAUUCUGGCGUAGGUCCCAUCGGCAACCAUUAUCUGCCCGCGAACCAGUUUUAAGUAUUCUUCAUUGCUUGCCACAUCCAGAUCUAGUUAGCUGUCAUCAAUACCUCUUAGAUUUAAGUGAUUCUUGUUUGUUACCAAACUCCGUAUUAAAAU